UUUUCAUUAUUUCGCCUCGCUGGCAUCAUCGGGACCGUGAAUCGGACGCAGAUCUCGCUCGCUCGCUGGGGAUCGGAUGGGCCUGAAAAUUUUUAAAAAUUUUCACUGCAAGUAUUUAUAGAACAAUUCUGAAAGAAAACCCGUUUGAGCAUUCAGUGUUCUCGUGGUGGCAUGGACUCCUGACGAACCGUGAAAAUCCCCACAGAAAAAACCAAAACAAAUAUUCAAAGAUUUGCAUAAGACAGAGGCGAGUGAGUGAUUGAGUGUUCGGUUGGGUAUGUGUUCCACAUCGGUGCUGUGUCCCCUGUGCGCUGUGCCCAGUUUUGGGAGCAUCGAUGCACUGCAGCAGCGGCUGAUCAAGGCGGCCAAUGGCCCCUUGGCCUGUCCGUUCUCCAACUGCAAGGAGCUGUUCCUCGGCCUGGACAAGCUGACGAUUCAUCUGUUCACGCACACCAGUCUGAUGACCGACAGUCCUGCUGCCACAACGCCUGCUGCCGUUACGCCACCAGCUGCCCCACCAACGGUUGCGAUUCCUGCACCCAAGCGAAGGGGUAAGCGAUCAAAGGCAAAGGCUGUGGAGCCAUCCCCCGCACCCGCAACCGCUCCACCUCCAACGCCACCAGUGCCCGAGCCGCCGGCCAGCUGCGACAUCUGUGAGUUCAGUUUCCGGAAUAAAGAGCUGCGAGACAUGCACAUCCGGCUGGUGCACGAGAAUGGGGAGGCGGAGGGUCCCCAGCCGCAGAAGGAGCCCCAACAGGAGCCCUACAAGUGCCACCUCUGCUCGAAGACGUUCCGCAUGAAGGGCUCGCUCCGAGUGCACCUCAAAGUGGUGCACAUGAUGGGAGUGCCGUGCUCCAGCCAGAGCGGGACCACCACUAACCGCUGCAAUGCUCCCUCGCCGAAGCUAAACAUUUGUGACCGCAUCCGGCACAAGGAGGCGUCGGCCAGUGGCAGCGGUCCCGUCUCCAGCAGCACCAGCUCCCAGCCAUAUGCACUUAGUGGGGCGUUGAGCAUGCUGCAGCAGUCGCCAGCCUCACCAGCCUCGCCGGAGGCUGCAGCCAGCAGCACGACCAAGCUGUGGGAGUGCGAUGUGUGCACCAAGUCCUUCACCACCAAGUAUUUCCUGAAGAAGCACAAGCGCCUGCACACCGGAGAGAUGCCAUACACCUGCGAGAUCUGCGCGCGGACCUUCACCUUCCAGCAGUCGUACCACAAGCAUUUGCUCUACCACAGCGAGGUGAAGCCGCAUGUGUGUGCGGUGUGCGGGCGGGCCUUCAAGGAGCUCUCCACGCUGCACAAUCACCAACGCAUCCACAGCGGCGAAAAGCCCUUCAAGUGUGAGGUGUGCGGAAAAUGUUUCCGUCAGCGCGUGUCAUUUCUGGUCCACACCCGCAUCCAUACGGGCGUCAUGCCCUACAAGUGUGAGGUCUGCCAGAAGACUUUCCGCUACAAGGUGUCACAGCGCACGCACAGAUGCCUCAGCGAUGACAGCCAGACGCCGGAGCAGCUCAUCAAGGCAUUUCUCGAGGGCAGCGAAUCGCCAACGCAGCCCUCGCCGGCCAGUGCCGAGAUUGCUGACAUCAAUGGCUGCGGCGUGGCGGACACGGACCAGGAGGCGUUGCUCUCCCAGACCAUCGACGACAUCGUUGUGGAACAGUGCCAGAAGCUGGGCAUCUGUGGCGUCGAGCCGCAGCAGGCGCAGCCAGUGCCCCUCGAUGUGGCCGACAUACACUUCAAUGGCAGCAGUUCGCCGUUGCAGCAGCUGCAGAAUCUGCGGCUGUAUUCCCCGCAGCAGGUGGAGAUGCCGAGCUCGGAUGGGGACAUCUUCAAGCGCUUCCUGAUGGACGCCACGUAGCUCUUCGUUUGAAUGUUAAUGUUACACUUUUGUGCCCUGUCCGUCUUACAUUGGUUUACAUUUCGUUAUGAUUCUUGAAUGCCCAGCGAUAAAUCGGAACAGACCCGACUUGGCUGGGCUUCAGUUCCUUGAAUA